AUGGAAUCAGCGGAACCAGCAGCAGACAAGCAAGCGCUAACAGCCGAAGAACGUCGGAAGCGGCGCAUCGAAAAAAUUAUGGCGAAUUCUGAGUCGCGCAUGAAUCGGAUUCUUUCAAAUGGUGGCGAUGAAAAUGGUAAACGGCUUGCCCCAGCAAUGGAGGGCGGAGAAUGUUUCUCGUUUUCUCCUGACACUGAUUCACACGUUUCCUGUGUUCCUGGGGUAUUCCCAAUCCAACAAAAUGAAGAAAAUACUCAAAAGGCACCUCCUGCAGCGACUCAAAAAUCUUCGACCAUCGAUGUUUCUCAUAUCGCCAUUGUAUUGGGUAUUAUUUCGCGAUUUGCAAUGUUUUGGACAGGACCUAUCAAUUUGGGAAUCCUCUGGGGAUUUCUUUAUGCCACAGUAAUUGUCAGAUUCAGUUCAGCAUCGGAAUUUAAUCUUGGCGAGCGUAACGAACUGACUACAUUCUUCCUUUCCCUGGAAGACGGAAACCCUUUGAAGAGCAUAGUAAAAAUUGGAAUUCUCCUUGUCGAAUUUCUUCGGACCACGAUUACAUUCGUUGCAUUCUUCGUAAUUGUUCAUUUAGCCAUCGAGCUCUACGAUUCGCCGUCAAAAUAUGAAUUCGUUUGACGUCUUCACGAAAGUGGUGCGAACGCAAUGAUGCGUCCGUGUCUUCUUGUAGUCGUCCUUUGUUAUAUAACAUCACCAUCUUGGGGACAAGAGCAUCCGCAUGCGGAAGACCGUUGUCAAGACCGCUCGUGCUACCCGAUUACUGGUAACCUUCUGAUCGGAAGAAAGAGCCAGCUUGAAGCGACUUCGACUUGUGGCUUGAAAGGAAGACAACGGUUUUGUAUCGUUUCUCAUCUGGAGGAGCAGACGAAAUGCUUCUAUUGCGACUCGCGGACCGAAUGGCAGCCGCAGCGGGAGCCGUAUCGACUUAGUCAUCGAAUAGAAAAUGUUGUGUCGGAAGUUUUCGAAGACAAAAACCGAAAUUGGUGGCAAUCCGAGAAUGGUGUUCAAAAUGUUUCCAUUCAUCUCAAAUUAGAAGCCGAAUUCCAUUUUACUCACUUGAUCAUGACCUUCAAAUCGUUCCGUCCGGCGGCGAUGAUCAUUGAGAGAUCCGCCGAUUUCGGAAAGACAUGGCAGGUGUACCGCUAUUUCGCCUACGAUUGUGACAGCAGCUUCCCGGAAAUCCCAGAAGGUCCACCAAAGAAGCAUACUGAUGUGAUCUGUACGAGCCAGUAUUCCGAUGUCGCUCCAUCAACUGGAGGAGAAAUUGUCUACAAGGUUAUCUCGCCGCACAUCGCCACUGAAAAUCCGUAUGCCGACGAAAUCGCGAAUCUUCUCAAAAUCACCAACUUGCGUUUCAAUUUCACCAAAUUGCACACACUCGGAGACGAUCUUCUCGAUUACAGACCAGAAAUCGAUGAAAAGUAUUAUUAUGCGAUCUACGAAAUCGUCGUGCGCGGCUCUUGCUCGUGCUAUGGCCACGCCUCCCGUUGUAUCCCGAUCGAUCCUUCUUCUAGUCCGAACACCGUUAUGGAGCGGCCCGACAUUGUGCACGGACGAUGCGAAUGCAUGCACAACACCGAAGGAUUGAACUGCGAGAAGUGCCGCGCGUUCUUCAACGAUCUUCCAUGGCGGCCAGCUAUUGGUGACGAGAAGAACGAGUGCCGACAGUGUAACUGCAACAGACACGCACUUCGCUGCCAUUUCGAUAAGGCCGUAUAUGAGGCAUCUGGUUUCGUAUCUGGUGGAGUGUGUGAUGAUUGUAUGCAUAACACACAAGGCAAGAACUGCGAGCAGUGCAAACCGUUCUUCUACAGGGAUCCAAGACGUACUAUUGACGAUCCAUACGUGUGCCUUCCUUGCGAAUGCGAUAAGUCUGGAUCGCAGAACAAUGGAAUUUGCGAGGGAGAGGAAGAUCCGGAAAGAGGACUCGUCGCUGGAAAAUGCUACUGUAAAGCCAAUGUUGAUGGGCAACGAUGCGAUCGGUGCAAGAACGGCUAUUGGAAUCUCACCGAAUCGAAUCCCGAUGGUUGCGUUGCCUGCACGUGCAGUCUUCUUGGAACAUACAACAACGAAGGAUGCGAUAAAUACACCGGAUUGUGUACUUGCAAGCGUCUCGUCACCGGAGAAAAUUGCGAUCAGUGUUUGCCAGAGCAUUAUGGUUUGUCCGAUCAUCCUGAUGGUUGCAAGGCUUGCGAUUGCGAUAUUGGUGGAUCGUUUGACAACCAAUGUGACGUUAGUACCGGACAGUGCAAAUGCCGUGAAGGAUUCAGCGGAAGACGUUGCGAGACUGCUGAUUCAAGCUUCUACUGUGCUGAUAUCACCCAUUAUGUUUAUGAAGCUGAAUAUGCCAAUCUCACCCGCGGCGAAGUCAAAACUCGCGAAUGGCCAAGCAACCCACAAGAGCAAACAUGGACUGGAGAAGGAUUCGCUCAGAUCAUGGAAGGAAGUGUUAUCACUGUCUAUCCAAUGGUUGAUGUUAGUCAAAAGUACAAUAUCAUCGUUCGUUAUGACGGCGCCCGCGAUCCCGUCGGAUGGGAAAAUGUGCAAGUCACAAUUGUGAGACCGGACGACGACAAAACCAGCGGAUUCUGUGCGAAUGAGCCACCAUCGGAUGACUUUUUGAUCGCGAAACUCUACCCAGGAUCGAGAUACAUCGAAGUUCAGCCAGCUGUCUGUCUCGAGGCUGGCGUUCAGUACGAGAUUCGAAUUCAAUUCAACGAGAGACGUGCGAAUGCAAGCCCACAAGAGAAAGCAUCGGCGACAUUCCUUAUCGACUCGAUUCUACUAGCACCACCAUCCGCCGAGCUUCAUAUCUUCAAAAACUCUGCUCGCGGUGAGCAACAUCUCACCGAAUACAAUCGCUAUCAAUGCCGACAUCUUGCUCUCUCACUUUCGCUAAACAAGGAUAGACCAAAUGAAGUCUGCGAACGUUAUAUCUGCCCAGUUGCAGCUGCUCUUCUCAAUAAGACGAGCGAAUGUAAUUGUGAUGCCACCGGAUCGGUGUCGGGAAUUUGCGAUGUCCAUGGCGGACAGUGUGAAUGCAAACCGAAUGUUGUUGGAAGACGUUGUGAUCAAUGCGCAAUUGGAACCUAUGGAUUCGGACCAAGCGGUUGCAGCAAGUGCGAUUGUGAUGCUGUUGGAAGUUUGGGCAAUGAUUGCGACAAGCAAAGUGGACAAUGCGUGUGCCGUGAAAAAGGUAUUUACGGCCGUCAAUGUAAUCAGUGUCAGCCUGGAUUCUGGGGAUUCCCUGAUUGCCGAGUAUGCCAAUGUAACGAUCAUGCCAACAUUUGCGACCAAGCAACUGGAGCCUGCAUCGAAUGCCGAGAUCUCACCACUGGCCACUACUGUGAUCGUUGCCAAGACGGAUAUUAUGGAGAUCCAAGACUUGGUGUCAGCAUUCCUUGCAAACCAUGCCCAUGCCCAGGAGGACCAACUAGCGGUUAUCAACACGCUGACACUUGCUACCUUCGCAACUCUGGAAAUAACACACAGGAUAUUGUUUGCAAUUGCAAGUCUGGGUAUCAAGGGGAAAGAUGCGGGGAGUGCUCACCAAAUCAUUGGGGAAGUCCGAAGGAAGUUGGAGGAACUUGCGAACGAUGCGAUUGUAACGGAAAUAUUGAUAUGUCGGUGGAAGGAAGCUGUAACGCGGCUACUGGCGAAUGCCUCAAGUGUCUUCAUCACACUGAAGGACCUCAAUGCGAACAUUGCGUCGAUGGAUACUACGGAGACGCCAAAAUCAGAAGCUGUCAAUCAUGUGUUUGCAACGAGCUCGGAACGAAUGAGACAAUGGGAUCAUGCGAUAGAGUUAGCGGACAAUGCCCAUGUCAUCCGAACGUUAUUGGUCUUCAUUGCGAUCAAUGCGAAGUGAAUCACUACGAUCUCGCCAGCGGCAAAGGAUGUGAAGACUGCGCUUGCGAUCCGAACGGAGUUGUCGAGAACGACAAAGGGGAGCCCGACUUGCAAUGCAACGUCUUCGAUGGACAGUGCAAAUGUAAGCCCGGACGAGGUGGCAGAAAAUGCGAUCAAUGCCAAGACUUCUUCUGGGGUGAUCCAACAGCUCCAGAUGGUUGCCAUAGAUGCCAAUGCGAUUCUGUUGGAGCCAAGAGUCUUCAGUGCCACAGAAACAAUGGAACUUGCAUCUGUCAAACCGGAUCUGGCGGACCUCUGUGUAAUGAAUGCGAACGAGGAUUCACUGGUCAAUGGCCACACUGUAGACCAUGUGGAGAAUGUUUCCAUCAAUGGGAUAAGAUUAUGCAGGAGCUCAGACUCAAAGUCCACUCGCUUAUUGAAACCGCAAAUAAUAUUGAAGACACUGGAGUUGCUUCUGCAUAUGAUGGUGACUUUGAAAAGCUUGAAAAGUCAUUGAAUGACACGAAGAAUCUUCUACUCGAGGCCGACAUUAGCAAGGAGAAUAUUGAAGCAAUGAGCAAAAGUAUCAAGUUGUUGAAGACACAAGUCAAAGCGGCUCGGGAGAAGUUGGUCGGCAUUGAGACACGCGUUUCGAAAGUCACUCAAACCGCUGACUUUGCCGAAAAAGAUUUGGAGCUCCUCCAAAAGGACGCAGAGAAGAUGAUCAACGCGACGAAAGCAUUGGAGGAGAAGGCGAGUCAGAUCAAGGAGGCCGACGUUCUGGGAGCUUUCAACAUCACCCGCGAAUCUAGUGCGAAAUCAAUGGAUGCCCAAAGAAGAACCGAUAUUGCGAUUGGAAAACUAGCGACCGCUGAGAACGAAGCUCUUCAAGCCAGUGAGCUUCUUGAGCAAAAUAAGAACGACUUCGAGAAACAAUUCACUGAGAAUGAGGAAGCUCUUGUCGCUACGGAAUCCAUUCUCCAUAGCCUUGAAGGAUCUCUUCCAAAGCUUAACGAAGAAGUGUGUGGUGCUUCUUCGGCUCCGUGUGAUGCUCUCUGCGGAGGUCCGGGAUCGUGUGGCUUCUGUGGUGGACAGUCAUGCAUGGAUGGAGCAGUUAGCAAGGCCAAUCAGGCAAAGAGUUUUGCCAAUGAAGCCGACACUCGAUUGGAUGAGAAGCAGAAAGAAGCUGAAGAAGUUCUCGCUAUUGUUCGCGAGGUUCUACAAGCUACCACUGUGGCCAAGUUGAAUGCAGAAAAGGCUCUCGAUACUGCCAAGAUGACUGCUCAACGAGCUAACGAUUCGCGAGCGAGCCUUGAAAAAAUUGCCGAAGAGAUGAAUGAUUUCCUCAAGGCACCGCGAAGCACACCGGAGCAAAUUCGCAAUCUCGCCGAAGAGGUUCUUGCGAAGAAAAUCAGCUUAACACCGGACCAGAUCACCGAACUGACUGCUAAGAUUCGUGAUGCGCUCGCAAAAAUCAACAACAUUGGCGAAAUUUUGGAUGAAACACGAGGCAAUAAGACGUUGGCUUCGAAUUUGGAAAAACAGGCGACGACGGCAAGCGAUAGAGCUGAGGAAAUCAAGAAGACAAUGGACACAGUUCGCGAAGCAUUGAAGAUUGCCGAAGAAGCUCAGAUUGCGGCCACACAAGCGAUUGAAGAUGCUGAAGAAAUUGCAAAAGCCACAAGAGAGGAACUGGAACAGGCUCGCAAUGAGACCAUAACUACUGAACAAAAAGCAAAAGAAGCGAAUGAGAGCCUCACCGCCCUUGAGGCUGACAUGGGAAAUGUGAAAGUCGAAUAUUUACAAAUCUCGGAAUCGGCUAAGAACGCGCUUCAAACCGUUGACGCUGCGUUGAACGCUGCUUCGAUUGCUGAGCAGAAGAAUAAACAAAUUGCGACUGAUUUGGAAAAAGCAACCGAGCUUUUGGAGACGAAGUCCUCUGGAAACAAAGCGCCACAAGAGCGUGCUGAACGAUUGAGAGAACGAGCCUCAAAGCUUUUGUAUCAAUCAAAACGGUAUAACGAGGAUAUUGAAAACUUAGGAAAAGAAUCGAACGGAAUGCGCCUUGAUGAAUACGAGCAAAUUCUUUCGGAUCUCAAACAUAGAUUAGAAAGCGUUACUCGCGAUAUUCAAGAGAAGACCGACUUCCACUCCACUUGCGGAUAA